UUGCUAAUUUGAAUGUAUCCAGUAUACCACAAUUACAAAGUCUACAAAGCUUAAUUACUCUCGCGCAAGCUAAUCCUAAUUUAUUGAACCAAUUAACGAUGGAUUCUCUCUUUUCAAUGCCACCUAACUCACCGACAACACAACCAAAACAAUCAUCAAAUGUUAGUUUAACUCAAUCUCAAGCGAUAGCACAACCGACUACAUCGAUUAGUACCAUAAAUUCAAAUUUAUCAACUCCAACGAGCACGAUAACUUCUGUCCCUAAUGCUUCUAACGAUAACACUAUUAAUACCAACACAAGUAAUUCACAGCAAAUUGUAUUACCGCCUAUAUCUGCAGCAACUAUUCAUCCCGCUACGUCUACUUCUACAACAAACGAUCAACUUAUACACUAUGGUGCACCAGCAACUCCUUCAUUGAAUCAAGUCACUAAUAAUCUUUCAAGUAUUGCCAGUUCAGCGGAAUCUAUCAAUCAGGAUAUUGAUGAACUGGGACUCAGCUUGCAAGCAUUAGCAGAACAUCUGGGUUUUGACCCUUCAAAACUCAUAACUGAAGGAGAUUCGGUUGCCACGAAUUCAAUAGCGAAUGCUGAUACAGGAGACCUAAUUGAUAUGGACGACUUUUUAAACGCUUAUGGUUCUGAUAUACCUGAUAUGACUUCAACUGCCGAUACACCAGCUACUCCAUUAUCUGCAGCAACAGAUACAGCAAAAGUGACAACAACCAAUAGCACUUCGUCAGCGACACAAACACCAAGUAUGCCUAGAUCUCCGAGUCCAGCUGUUGCUGGUAACAAUCUUUCGUAGAUACACGAUAGAAAAAGUCUUCUCUAUAAAGAAUAGUUGGCACAAUUUGUUUUCUUUAAGGUUGGGCUCCUUUUUUUGGAUUAUGGUCAUGCUCCCACAUGUCACCAUUUUAAGAAUAGCUCGUAAUUGUAAGCUUUCUUUUUA